AUGGAAAGCUACCAACCCGAAUAUGACAAGAACGGUUUAUUAUCUGACACGUUCUGGAGGACACCACAUCGCGCAGUCCCGGGCAGGCCUUGUCAAACGGUUCAACGUACCGAGGUUAUGUCUGGGUCAUCGUAUCAACAGUUCCAGGCGUCUGUGAACGACGCCUGGGACCUUGGCGACGACGACAUCAUAUCUGGAAUCGCUGAAACUAAAAUAUCCAAGGCCAUAUCGCAAACCGCCGCUUUGAACGUGAUAAAUUCGCAUAGAAAUAGCAGUAAGAACGUAAACAAAAAUGACGUAAAACAUGGGAGUGAGAGUGUGAAACCUAAAGUGGAAGCCUUGGAAGUGAAGAAAAAUGAGAUUCGCAAGGCGGGUGGUGCUGGGAGCUCGGGACUCCUUCGUCACUACCCAGGCCGGCCGCGUCCUGUAAGGUUGUCGGCCCUAACUUCUCGAGAAGAAAGUAGUGAAUCGAAGCUUGAAAGAUUCCAGCAGCUACACGAUAGUGCUGUGAUAGACCUAGAUGAACUAAAACAACUCAGUUGGUCAGGAAUACCAGUAAAAGCUAGGGCAGUAACAUGGCGUCUGCUGGCUGGCUACCUGCCCGCAAAUGCUGAACGCCGCGUCGAGACACUGGAAAGAAAGCGGGCAGAUUACAAGCACUUGGUCCGCCAGUACUACGAUGCAGAACGGGAUGACGACACCUACAGACAGAUUCAUAUAGAUAUACCAAGAAUGAGUCCGUUAGUUGCGUUAUUCCAGCAGAUUACUGUGCAGGUUAUGUUUGAACGCAUCCUCUACAUCUGGGCCAUCAGACAUCCAGCAUCAGGGUACGUUCAAGGCAUCAACGAUUUAGUGACACCGUUUUUUAUGGUGUUCUUGCAAGAGGCUGCUUCGGGCCAAGAGUUGGAUAACUUCCCCCUGGAUAAGCUCAGCGAGGAGCAACGCGACGUCAUCGAAGCUGACUCCUUCUGGUGCCUCUCCAAAUUCCUAGAUAGCAUUCAGGAUAAUUAUAUAUUUGCUCAACUUGGUAUUCAAUAUAAGGUGAAUCAGCUUAAGGAGCUUAUCCGCCGCAUAGACUUACCACUUCACGAACACCUGCAGACCCACGGUGUCGAUUACCUGCAGUUUUCGUUUAGGUGGAUGAAUAACCUGCUAACUAGAGAAAUACCUUUACCGUGUACUAUACGCCUUUGGGACACCUACCUCGCAGAAUCGGACGGGUUCGCUACUUUCCAGCUUUAUGUCUGCGCAGCAUUCUUGCUGCAUUGGCGCGAAAGACUGAUGCUAGAGAAAGACUUCCAGGGUCUUAUGAUUCUUUUACAGAACGUUCCGACCCAAAACUGGACGGACUCUAAUAUUAGUAUGCUGGUCGCCGAAGCGUACAGGUUGAAAUUCGCUUUCGCCGAUGCGCCAAACCACUUGCAUAACGCGGGAAAAUCGGAUAGAUGA